UUUCAUUAUCGUUUGGCGAGGCCUUCAACACACAGUCUUUCAAAUGUUUCUGUGUUGCUACAAAUCUGUUUCUAGGCAAUGAGUUUCAACCGUUUAUGGCGGCUGACGUGGAACGUAAAGUGCCUAAGAAUAAGUUUUGCGUUUAUAAUAUUAAAAUAGUAUGGUGUAUGUAGUUUGUAUGACGUUCAUAAUUUUCUUACACUGUGUUCCUUAUAACUGGAAUAUAUUGUUUAAUAUACCAAGAUUACAUGGCGUUUAUACAUUAUUUCUUAAUAUUGUAAACAUUACGCUAGACAACAUUCAUUUUUUAAUUUUAUUUAAGGGCAAUGCACUGUGGGUACGAAUUGAGUUUGGCGCAUGCGCAAUUCAGUUUACAGUUAGAUCUCGUCAGAAAAUGGCGUCGGCUAAGUUUCUGGAGGAAGCUCUCAGUACAGACGUCGAUGAAUCAGCAGUCAAUGCAAUAGUGGGAUCCUUGGAAACCCAGUUAGUUACCACAACACCUGCAGUUUCCAGCCAGCAAGUACCAUCAGCUACAGUCAAUCAAAAUCAUAUGAACAGUGCAAUAGCUAAUGGGGGCACGGUCUCCACACAGAAACAUGGUGUGACGAACGGUGGUUCAGGAUCCAUGAAUAUUCUUUUAAACUCAGAUACAAACAAAACCAAUACUACUAGUACACUUCAAAGUGGUAAUGUUGUACAUUCUAAUGUUGUAAAUACAGUUGUUGCGUCUUUGCAUGGUGGAGUUCCUGCUAGUGGAUAUAUAAACCAAGUAACUUCCAGUGCAAGCCAGUCAAAUCUCACAAAUCUAACGAAGUCACAUGAAGCCGUCAAAUUAGUUUAUCCCUCAGGCAGCCAGACUUUGACUACUACCGGAGGAGUAAAUAUAAACAGUAGAGUUGCCUUUCCAACCGGAGCACUCCCAAAUGGCAAUUUGAGUCUCGCUCCACUUCCAUCACAUGCUGUUUUAAAUGCAGUAACUUCGAGUGUUCAGAGUGUAGUUUCUCAGACCCAUUCACAAGCUGGAAGUAAUGUAACUAAACAGAUUGGAGGUGUUAUUGGCAUUGAACAUGGGAAACCAUCUGGAACAGCUUUAGUGAUAAAGACUUCGGUUGGUAAUCCAAAUGUUACCCAAGGAACCCCCCUAGGUGCAGGUGUAGUGUCUGUUCCAAUGACUGUAAAUACUACAAUGACAUUGACAGGGACACAUGUGAACACAGCUGUCGGUACGACGACAACAUCAGGAAUGUCUGGAGUUGUGACAUUAGCGAAACCUAUUACACAUACUGUUGGAGCUCCACAAACAAUAGUAGGAAACCCCUCUACAACCAUACUGCCAGCCAAUGUACAGAUCGUCAAUGUGAAUGCUGUGAGGCCAGCUACACCUGGUCAACAAGGACAGAAGGGACUACCACCCAGGGUUGUAAUUGGGACUCCACAUAUGGUUGGUGCACGCCCUGGACAACCCGGACAAAUAACAUUACAGGCAUUGCAAAGUCUUCAACCUGGAACACAAGGCCACUUGCUCCUGAAGACUGAGAAUGGGCAGUAUCAGUUGCUACGUGUGGGGCCAGCACCUACAACACCAGGUGCGGCCAUUGCUCCAAGCAGUGCUGCAGCAGCAGCAGCAACUUUACCUGCUGGUGCAACUUAUCGGCUUCAGUCGGUUCCCUCUCAUAGUGCAGUCACCGUAGCAACUACAAGUGCUGCUGCAGUUGUUCAGCCCCCUCAGNCACACCGGCAUGCAGUGGACACUACCAAAGAAAAAUGUCGGAAGUUCCUCGCAAAUCUUCUGGAACUCUCCAGUCGAGAACCAAAGUCUGUGGAGAGGAAUGUUAGAACGUUAAUUCAGGAACUGAUUGAUACCAAGGUGGAGCCAGAGGAGUUCUGUGACCGCCUGGAACGGUUGCUCAAUGCUUCCCCACAGCCCUGCCUUAUUGGAUUUCUCAAGAAAAGCUUACCUCUUCUCCGCCAGUCACUGGUUGCAAAGGAGCUUGUGAUAGAAGGUAUUCGCCCACCCCCUCAUCAUACCGUUGUUUUUUCACUACCGAACUCAGCAACAGUGGUGCCACAGUUACAGACGCAGCUGAGGCCACAGACACCAACAAGCCAACUUAGAGUAAUGGCACCAGUGAAUGCCUCCACUCAGAGUGUAGGAGUAACGACAAUCCCACGUCCUGGUCAAACAAUACAGCACCGACUUGUUACGCCUGUAAGAACACCAGCACCAGCAACUAGAAUGGUGACAGCAGCACCGUUACGACCUCAGUCUCCAAUUUCAACAGCAGCGCCCACCCUUCCAUCUCCGUCGCCACAACCUGUAAAAGUAACAACUCCAUCCCUACCCACCCCCCCUCUUCAUGUACGGCCUCAGCUGCAACAGCAACAACAACAGCAGCAAGUGUCUCAUACACAGACAACAAAAGCACCUACCCCAGUCCACAUCAGACCUCCCAUAACACCAACCCAUGUGAAAACGGCAGCUGUCAAGAUGUCUACAGUGACAAAACCACCUGCACCUUCGCUUCUACCAAAGCCUUCUGCAAAGGAGAAAGAGAAAAAGUCUUUCUCAUCCGCAGGAUAUGCAGGGGAUGAUGACAUCAAUGAUGUGGCUGCAAUGGGUGGUGUAAAUCUGGCUGAGGAGACCCAGAGAAUAUUGGGCUCCACAGAAUUUGUGGGCACACAAAUACGGUCCUGUAAAGAUGAAAUUUUCCUCCAUGCUGUGCCUCUGCAACAUAAAAUUAGACAAAUUGUUGCACGGCAUGGAUUGGAAGAACCUUCAGCAGAAGUGGCUGCUCUGAUAUCCCAUGCUACUCAGGAGAGGCUGAAAAAUAUUAUAGAAAAGUUGGCAGUUAUUGCUGAGCACAGGAUAGAUCUAAUUAAGGUGGACCCGAGAUAUGAAGUGACGCAGGACGUCAAAGGUCAGCUCAAAUUCCUUGAAGAAUUGGAUCGUGUAGAGAGGAAGCGGCACGAGGAACAGGAGAGAGAGUUGUUACUCCGAGCAGCGAAAAGCAGAUCGAAAUCUGAAGAUCCAGAGCAAGCGAAACUGAAGGCUAAAGCCAAAGAAAUGCAGCGAGCAGAAAUGGAGGAACUGCGGCAGCGGGAAGCCAACAUAACAGCUCUGCAAGCCAUUGGACCUAGAAAGAAACCAAAACUAGAAGCUGGUGGAAUGGCAGGCUGUUCAGGACAAUCUGGUGCCAGUGGAUCCAGCGGUGCAAAUAACAGCCUCAGUCGGACACAGCUUCCUAUCCGGCCACGUCUGAAGAGAGUCAAUCUUCGGGAUCUUCUCUUCCUCUUGGAACAGGAAAAGGAAACAUGUCGGACACCUUUACUGUACAAGGCUUUCCUCAAGUGAUGAUGGUUGUGCUUGGUUUUCCUAUCCUUGUGGCAGGAGGUAAGGUCAGGUGAUAUCAAGAAACUCUCUUCCCUCCCAUCUCAUACACUGACAGAGUGGGUUCUGUUUUCGUGCAAAUGACUCAAUACUUGUACUAAAUCAUUGAACAGUGAAACGAACAAAUAUUAUGUGCCGUGAAUUAGUUGAGAAUUAAGCGAUACAGCCAACUACUCCCAGGUAAAUGUGUCAUGUUUUUCGAUUGUGAAUGAAUUUUUUUAUCAAGAAAUUGUUAUAUUUUACACCAAUAUCAGAAACAUGAAACUGUUCAUAUCUGUGGUUCCUGGCCCUCCUGUGAUUUAAUACAUGUUGUGGAUUGUGGGAAUUUAUAACACUCACUAGCAUAAGGCUUUGUUGAAUGGAUGCUGGUACAAGUUGUAAGGCCUUUCUACUGAAACCUGCAUAGCUCCAUUUGUUAAUAUUUGAAUAGAAUAAUGUUUUAUGUUCCGCUGUUAAGUUUUCAUUAAAAAUCUUAUUGAAGUGCAGGGUAAAUGCAAGCAAUCUUUACAACUUUAAAGCAAAAUAUGUACAGAAAUGAUGUUCAUGUACAAGAUUUGUGCUGCCUGUGACUGGAACUCUUUUUUUCUGAGUUUCACUCGGUCAAAUCUUUUGGGUUUUUCCCCCCCCCAGAAAUGGUACAAACCUUGUACAUUUAUUUUGUUUCCAUAUUUUCUUAUUUCCAUUAAAACUGUAAAAAUAAUCUGUUCACUCAGUACCUUCAUUAUUUGUGUAUACUUCCUUGUAUUUUAUAAAGUGACACAAUUUUGGAUUAGGGAUGAGAAAUUGGUAAUCAUUCUCUUGCUAUAGAAAAUUUUGUUACAUAAUUAAAUGUAAUUUAUUGACCUGCUUCCAAUAGUACUAAUUUCUAUAACUGUAAUGAAGGUUUAAUUUCAAAACUUGAAUGUAGGGACAGUGGGUCUAAUGUAAGUACUAUGUGGCACAGAACUCUGUCAAAAAAGAGUUCAGAAGUGCAGUACCAAAGAUGCCAGGGAGAAAUGACUGAUUGAGGAAGUGCUGCUGUCAAUGUAGAUAAUUAUGUUUCUGUCUUUGCCUUUAAUCAUUACAUUGUAAGUUGGUUGUACUUUAUUUUCGACUUUUUGUUAUACUUUUCGCAUACCUAAUUUAAUUUAAUGGGUCCUGUUUUAGAGAUGGUAAGGAAAUCCUUAUACAUCAAGAGUUAGUUUUGGAAAACUGUACUGUACUGCAGAAACCUGCCCAAGGGAGAAUUCUGUUCACUGUUUCUUCACACUACAUAAUAUGUAGAAAACAUGUACUGUUAGUUUGAAUCUCAGAGAUGCCAAAUUCCUUUAAUCUUAUUGAACUUAUUAUUGGAUGAGUGUUGUUAAAAUAGAGCAUUUUUCUACACGUUUUUAUACAAUUUUUGUUUCUAGUCAUAUUGAAUUGUGGAGUUUCUUACCUUAUGUUCCAGCAUCAUUUAUAGCUGGCUAAGUACCAAGUGGUUUGAAAAAGUUUUGUGUAGUUAUAGUUAAAUCUCAGUCAUGCUUUUCGUGGAAUUGAAAGGGAACUGUAGUAUGGACUAAAUAUGAGGUAUUCUUCACAAGUAUAUUUCUGCAGUAUGGAACUGUUCAUAUAGAAGUUAGCUACCGACACUGCAUUCAGUGUUUGAAGACGAUUUUGCAGCUCUUUCAGAACAGAUCUACUAUAAAGACAGACAAGAGGAAAGUAUGGGCAAUAUCAUAUGUCUACAAUAAAAGCUGUACCAUAGCUGUUUGUUCCUUUGGAAGGGUGUCCUAAUAUUUCUUGCCACUUACUAUAUAUUUCAGGUUGCUUCAGAAAAUCGUUUUCUUUCCAUCCCAGAUGACAUGAGACCACAACCAUAACCCAUUUAAUGCACUGAUAUGUCCACAGUUGUGGAAUGUCGGUACUUCGAUGGCUGUGAGUGGUCUUAAUGGCAAUAUCCUAACAGCUUUUUUCUUAAUGAAAUGAGGUGUUUCAUGAUAACUGAUAUUAUAAUCUUUUUGUAAGUCAUAAUUUCAUAAUUGCAUCUCUCAUAAUUUUUCUCCUGAUCUCCCUUGCCUCUCCAGUCUGCCAUUUUGCAUUUUUGUCUUAUGACAUAUGUGCCCUAUUAGGAUGCUAGAGCUAUCAUAGUUUCAACAGAUUUCUAGCAGACACCAUUUUGAAGGUUAUUUCACACCCUAGCUUCAUGGUAGUGCCACAGACAAAGCCUAUAUUCAUUGAAUAUAUUAUCCUAACAAGCAUUCCCCUUUGGGCUGGAUAAGGGAUAUGUGUUGUGCUGCUUGAUUAAAUGCUGAAAUUGUCAAAUUGCUUCUUGAUUCCCAUGUUACAUUGCUUAUAAAUGGAAGAUUUCAGUGAGCAUUGUAGUGCAGUUUGUUGACUACUGAUUGUAUUAGUUUGCUUAUGCUGCAUCUUAUUGCUUGACUGUACAAGUGAUUGUUGGUAAGGAUUACAAAUAUUUGCAUUGUUUCUUUAUGGCACAUAUCAUUGAGGUAAUAACAGUAAUAGAUCCUGAAAUCUUUUAGGUGUGUUUUAAGCAAAAAAGUACAAAGCCUUUAUCAGUAGCAUUCAUUUUCAUCUAAAGUACUUCAGGGUGAGGCUGGUAUUGUGUUAAUAUAAAAGUACUGUGCAAAAAGGCGUAGGAAAUCUGUAUUUUGAUCACCAAAAAUUGGAGAAACAUCAUGCCAACACACAGAUAAAUCCAUCAUCAGUAUGGUAAUGUUAAUAUGUUGCAGAAACCCCAACAUGGAUGGGAAACAUUUGGGGAAACACUAUAUGAUAGAAAUGGUCAUAAUAAUAUUGAAUCUUUUAGCCUCAGUUUAAGAUUUUAUCAUUUGUAACUUAAUCAUGUUGGAAUGUACAAAUAUUCGAGCUUUUUAAUCUUCCAUUGUGUUAUUCAGUCAAACGAUUGCUUGAAAGGAAAGUAGUUUGUAUUAGAUUAAAUUGGAAUGUGGGACAGAUUGAAGGCCUUAUUUAAGUAACUGCUGAUGAAAAGAAUUGCAUGAAUUUGUGACCCAAUCUGUACUGAAGAGUAUUUGUUGUGAUGCCCAUAGGAGUGGAUUUAUUGUAGCUUCAUAAAUGUUGUACAGCUGGGAAAAUUAUUUAGUUCUAUGGAACUUUGUGAUACAUGACAGUCAUCCUGAACCUGUAUGUUUGCACAGUUGAUUCACUUGUUUGUACUUUUUUACAAUAUCCAUAGUUCAGAGUGUUACACUAUUUGCAUAUAUUUGGGUAUCAAAGAUACUGUUAAAAGUGGUAUGAAGCUGUAUUUACACAUGAAUUAUUGAAAAAUUGGUUUCAUUUGACACUGCUGUGCUCAGUAUGCUGCUUUUCAUGAACAAUUUCAGAGCAUAAAUGAUAUGUUACCUGUGUGCAGUCCCGAUUCUGCAAUUAGAUUGUGAGUGUACGAGUAUACUGUUGUUGAUAAUGAAUGUUGUCAUUGAAGAUACCUCAUUAGUGAGGGAAUAUUGUAAUUAUUAUUAAAUCAGAUCCUUGAUCCUGUUUUAACUUCAUUAACAGAUGUAUUCAAACUAACAGUAGUUGUUUCAACUUGAAUUUAAAUUACAUCUAAAAAUACUGGUUAUACAUGCAGUAACCAGUAUAUUAUAGUCUUAUUGUCAUACUUCAGAAUAUAUUCAAUUUCAGGAACUUUUCCUUGCAUGUGAUGGAAACAAACUGCAACAAGAUUUGAAAGAUAUAAUCCCAUUUGGAGUAAAUGGAUUUUUCUAAAUGCAUUAUUUGCAAUUUUGCAUAUGUCAUUGGUCUUCUUAUUCAUCUGUAGCAACUACAAAUGUAUUGCUGCCAAAGUAGACAUAAUGCUGCAUAGUUGGAAGUUAUUUUCCCUUGUAUUCUGUUUAAUAUGUAUUAUAUACAAUAUUAUUAUUAUUAUUAAUGAGGCUUAUGUUCUUAUCUUUUAACAAAUUAACAAUUUCUGACAAAAAAAGGUGUAGUUUAAUUUGAACUCCGUGUAAAGGGAGGAUUAUAUUCUGCCAGUACAAAAUGUAAUUAAAUGAAUGUUACUACUUGUGGUGUAGUCCUGUAGUGGCAAAUUUAUUGAAAUCCAUCAAGUAUUUUUGAUCAGAUAUGAAUGCCUGUUACAUGUUCGUUUUAGGCACUUAAUGCAAAAGAAUGCUUAGAAAGCCAGUAGAGGCAUUGUUAUGGUGCUUUACAAUUUGUUCCUGUCAUAUGUAUGAGGAGAAGUGUCACACAUGGUCUGCAUGCAGGUAAAAUACUUAAAAAUAGUUUAAAUGGAAGACACCUGAGCUUAGUGAUGAGACACAGUCGCUUACUUUGGGGAGGUUUGGGGUCAGUUUUAAUUUAGGGGGUUUUGUGGCAUAUUGAUUAAAUCUGAAUGUGUUUGAUUGUGCUACCACAUAUUUUGUAAGCAUUCUGAAGGAACUGCAACUGGAAAUUGUUUACCUGUUAUGGAACCUAAAAAUUCAUUCCCAUGUUCCCAAGAACCUGCCUCUGUCCUAUCCUGAAUCAGAUGAAUGCAGCCAACACCCUCUCAUCUUUCUUUGUAAGACACAUUCUAAUUUCUUUCUCCAGCCAGCAUCUAGUUCUUGUAUGCAGCCAUCCUGUCAGGUUUUCCAACUAAAGUUUUGUAAGCAUUCAUCUACUGUGUAUGCUGUUUAUCUUGCCCUUUUCUUUUCUUCUCUAUUUGCUAACCCCAGUCAUAUUUGAGGAAAUGUACAAAUUAUGAAACUCCUCAUUAUGCAGUUUCUCCAUCCUGUUACGUUCUCUUUGUACCUGAUAUUAGUGAACAACUCUAUCCUCAGUAGCUGCUGAUGUGAUCCUAUUAUGUAUAAAUUAGGCCAUAUAUAAGUGACAGCAUUACUAUUUCCAAGAAAAAUAUGUAAUCAUCUUGAACAGUGUAACACUGUAAUAUGUGUCCAUUGUAUGUAUGUAUAUGGUAUUCAAGAAUGAACUCAUUCUCAUGUGAAGAUGACUGCAGUGAACUUUUGGAAAAUUCUGUGUUAAUUAUGCCUUGUUUUUUCUCUGGGACUGUGUGCUACUUUUCACUCACUUGUCUUUUACAACAUUUGUUAUUAUUGUCAUAUUUCAUCACUGUCAGUGUUGAAAUUGUCUUGUACGUUUCCAUGCUAGUGUAAUGCAUCCCUUUGAAACCAACGUGUUUUACCAUCACAGCAGGUUUGCACUACCAAGCUGAAAACCAGUAGCCCAGACCACAGAUAAAUAAUUCAUUUGUUACAUCCAGCAGAAACAUUAAGUAGGAUUUCAGUGCUAUGUGCUGUCACAUUAUGAUUUUGCUUUGUUACUGAGGUGAUGACAGGGGUCAGUAAACUGCCACUGCGUCUGAUAGUUAUAGUAAUACACAAAAGUAAAUUGUAUAGUCCAUUGAAUAACAUGACUUACAGUUCGGUCUGCUGGCCUACCUGAAAGUUUGCCUGUUGCUGUCCGUGUUUUUGUACCUGCAGCUAGGUUGCAUUCAGAAUGAGAUCUGACCUACACCUGGGAGUAGGGAUAAAUUCUAAAUAAGAAUGGAUAACUAGAUUUAUUGUGUUCAGAUGCAGUGUAGAUGCAAGAGUGUACUGUACUAAAUGUGCGAUUGUGUGGGUGGUGGAUAACCCAAGUGCAAUUGUGUCUGCAUUAUGAUGUGAGUGCCUGUGUCGCUACUGUCACCAGAUUGCCGAUGGAAAGAAACUAAAAACAAUCUCCACGCUAUGGACAUACAGCAUUAUGAUAGCUCAUCAUGGAGACUGGUGACAAGAGAACAGGAAGUGCAAACUUGAUUUUCUUAUUGCAGAAUACUGUUAACUCAAAUGAAGAUAUUUGUAAUAGACGUAGAGUAGUAUUGUCUUAGCACAUUGACUUGUAGUGCAUUUCUUGGUGGAAUCCAAUGCAAUUCCAUUCGAAAAUCAUUUCUAUGACAAAUUUUACACUUUGACUUUAAUCAUUACUAUAUUGUAUAAAAUGGUUGCCUGUGUACAUAGAAGUGUGUAAAUAUGAUCUUGUAUCCAGUAGUUGAUUAAUGGUAGAUGAAUUGUUAUUUUGUAUAUUUCAGUGGGGGCCAUGUUUUAAUAAUAGUGAUGAUAGCUCUUGUAUAUGUGGCUUCUUUGUAACAACUUCACGUGAGUUGUAUAAACCGUAACCAGUACAACUUUGUCAAAUGUUUGCAUUGCUGCUUCAGGCAACGUAAUUAUAUUUUUAUUCAAGAUAAUGCUGUUUGUUUAUUGCAGUUCAACAUUGAUGUCACUUGUUGAACAUUGAUGCUUCCUUUGUAGAAAGUUACCGUUAGGAUAAUGUUUAUGUUGUUUUGAUAUGCCGUAAUUUAUUUUUAUUUCUUGAGUUGAAUUUAUGUUGUUAUAAUCUUAUGUAAAUGGAACAAAGGUGCAAAGCAUGUAUAAAGUGAGAUGACCUGCAAGUAUUUCAGCGUACCUCAGUGGCCAAGAUCUCAGCAGUUAAUAUCCCACCCUUCUUUGUGAAGUAAAUAUUACCAGCUUUCCAUAAAUAUAUAAAUAUGAAUGUGUGUUGAAUGAGUGCAUGAGUGAGCUAUGCUUGAAAUUCUUUUUUACUUACAUUGAACAUAUUUCAGGAUAUUAAAAUUAUGAAGUAUUUCACUUUU